AUGAAUCCAAACUGUCAGCCACCUCAUUGUGGAAUUUCACCGUAUUAUUGUCCAGCCGAACUCUUGUCAUCUAUUUGUAUUCAAAGAAAAAUGACGAUUGAUGAUGGUUUAUCUCCUCGCCUAACGACAUUGUCUUCCGAUACUAACGAUGAUACUAACGAGAAUACAGAGAAAUCUUCGACAUCAUUAUCACCACGCAGCACAGUUAUGUUGGUAUUCGUUUGUAUAAUCGUAUUAGCUAUAAUUGGCUUUUUAUGGAUACGAUUCAGGCGUCAAAAUGAUGAUACAUGGAAAUAUGACGAUCGUAAAAGUAGUGCAUGGACAAUAUAA